GGAUAUAAAAUGCCCAAACCUUACCCUUUCCCCGCUCUCUGAUUAUUCCCCGCUCUAGGGUUUGCUAGUUUCUCUCUGCUUCGGCCUUUCAGAUUGUUUCUAUUGCUGUAAUUUGCGGGACAGUAGCGACAAUGAGGCCGGUUUUCGUUGGAAACUUCGAGUACGAAACUCGGCAAUCGGAGCUGGAACGCUUGUUCUCCAAACACGGGAGGGUCGAUCGUGUGGACAUGAAGUCUGGAACUUGUCUACUAAAGGAAAAUGAACUGAGCUUCUAUCUGGGCUCGCCAACAUCACUGCCAAAAUUUUAAUUUGGAAAAGGAAACCAACCUGGUUGCCUGCUUCUCUACACUCCAUUUACAGAUAGCAACAUUCCGCAUUUUCUUCACUCGGUCUUCCGUCACUCACCCACUUCAUCGCAUAAAGUUGCCAUUUCACAAGAAUGGUCAUAGUGGGAUCAAUCAUUUGUUAUGCCAUGCCUAUCACAAGUCUACUACUGUUCAUAGGAGAUUAAUGAAAUCUGGCCAUGCCUCCAAUCACUGAUAAUAGGGGGAUCUUUGAUUCAAUCAUGCCAUGCCUUCCAUUUCUGAACUCGUGCUCUCUGAAUGGCGAAGCAUGCUUAGCAAUGAUUUCUCAGAUCUGAAACUAUGGAUUAAAACCUUUAGUAUGCAACCAUCAUGAUUUAGUGCAUCAUGCAACGCCUCUACAGUCUUAUGUGCAUCAGCCCUCACAUAAAUGCAGGUUUUGCCUUUGUCUAUUUUGAGGAUGAGCGGGAUGCUGAAGAUGCUAUCCAGAACCUGGACAAUAAGCCAUUUGGUUAUGACAGGCGCAGGCUAUCUGUGGAGUGGGCUAAGGGUGAGCGUGGUCGCCAUCAUGAUGGUUCUAAAUCAGUGGCAAACCAGAGGCCAACUAAAACUUUGUUUGUCAUUAACUUUGAUCCCCUCCGAACCAAGGUUCGUGAUAUCGAAAGACACUUUGAACCUUAUGGGAAGGUGCUUCAUGUCAGAAUUCGUCGGAACUUUGCAUUUGUGCAAUUUGACACACAGGAAGAAGCUACCAAAGCUCUUGAGGCUACUCACGCAAGCAAGAUACUGGACAGGGUUGUGUCUGUUGAGUAUGCUUUGAGGGAUGACGGUGAGAGAGGUGAUCGAUAUCAUGAUAGUCCCAAAAGAGGCAGUUAUGGUAGGCAUGGAGAUAGUCCUUAUGCGAGGUCACCGAGUCCUGUGUAUCACAGGCGUCCAAGUCCUGAUUAUGGUCGGCCCCGUAGUCCAGCAUAUGACAGGUACAACGGUCCAAUGUAUAACAGGCACAGGAGUCCUGAUUACGGAAGGAAUGAGAGUCCUGAAUAUGGCAGAUACCGCAGUCGCUCGCCUGUUCGAAGAUCAAGAACCUGAAGUCAUCUGAUGCAGUAGUGGGUUAAACAUGUUAGUUCUUGUGGUUUUUCUGUAGCUUUAGGUAAAUUUGUAGAGGAUGAACGUAUUAUGAUAGUGCUUAGGUUUCUUACAUUGUAUUGUUGACUAUGCGUUCCAAAGUUUGCUGUUAUCAAACUAGUGUUCUACCGUUGAAGUAAUCAAUGGAUGUGGCUAGAUUCGCUUGCUGGAAACAUAUUGGCUUCUUACGGCUGUAGUGUUUGCUAUUGUUUGAGUAGGCAAUGAAAUUGAAAUGUUGGGUUUCUGGGUUGCAA